AAAUAAAAAGUGUAAUAGGAAAGGAAAUAAUAAAAACAGAGCACAAUGGUUUUGCUGUUUAUAUACGAGGGCUAUUACAGUCCAGUACCUCCAUAAUCGUCUCUUGGUUUCUUCGCCGGGAAAUUGCGUCGUCGGUCGGUGAUAUGUACCACCGGUGAAUUGCCUUUCAAGAACUCGCGGGGUUACCCGGCAAGGUAUAUUCUUUGAUCGAUUUUAACGAUAUGAAACCUUUUGGUAUCUGUCGGAGGUUUUUUUUUAUAGCUGUGGCACCGGAUCUGGUGAUUUUUGGUUAGAUAGGUUGGGAGGGAGAGAUUUUGAGUUUUCAGACUUUGUUUUCUAUUGAUUUAUUGGUGAAUUUGUGAUGGAUUUGAAAGGAAUUUCGGCAAUUUAGGGGUUUUUAUUGUAGUGUUGGCUUACAUGGACGAGCGAAUGAGAUCUGGCGAUCCUCCUGGGGUUAAGAAUAGGAACUCCUCCGGUUGUUUGAUCGUGAGAAAGAAGGGUAGUAAUGGACUUGGCGGGUCUCCUGCUUCGGGUUCCAGGAGGGUUUUAGGGUCGAAGGAGGAGAAGAAGAGGGCUAGGUUGGAUUUGAGCGAUUCUGAGUCUAGUCAUGAGCUCUUAGUGCCUCCUCGUAGAAGGGUCGCCCCUGAAACAAUUCGGGUCUGUAAUGGUUUGAAUGUUUCUGAGAAAGGCAUUGUGGAGGAGAGUGAAAUUGGUAGAAAGAGGGAUAGGGAAGAGCAUUCUAGGCUUAACGAGGUUGGUAGGAAUGGUGAAGACCAGAGUGAAAGGAAGAGGGAUAGGUUAGGUGUAUUUGAAUUUGAUGAAUAUGAUGGGAUCGAUGUGGAGAGUGUGAGGAGGAAGCGUUUCAAUGAUGUUGGAGCAGAAGUUGGGGGCAGAAGGUUUUUGGAGUCAAUGCCUGUAGGUGAAAGUGGUGUUCAGAGGGAAUGCAUGACAGGUUCCAGCAGACAAUCUGUUGAGAAGAGGAAAAAAUAUUAUUAUGAGAGGACAAGUGGGCUUAGUCAAGGAGAUCAUGUUGAUAGGAUUAAGUUGGAGAUGGAUAGGGAAGAAGCUCGGCGACCUAUAUCGUCAUUACGAGAUAAGUACUUGGGUGAUUCAGAUGAACCCAUUAGGGUCCAGGGAAAGAAUGGUGUUUUGAAGGUGAUGGUAAACAAGAACAAGAGGGUUGGUAGGUCCCUGAGCAGUUAUGAUCAACAUGAAUCUGAGGCAAACUGGAGGGGUUCAAAGAAGAAUGAUAACGUGAACAGGAAUGUUAUGACGCAUCCUUCAUAUUCUAGUGAAUCAAGAAGUCGUGAGAAACCUGGUUCAUUCGUUAGGAAACAGGAAAAUCAGUUAAAUUUACAAAAAUCAUUGUCAACUAGAAAGACUGAGGAACAUGACUCAAGUUCAGAGGACAGUGAUACAUCGUUGAGGCCCAGCUCAAAGAAUGUGGAGGCUCGUAAUUCUGCAAAGAGAUUUUUAUCAACAAAGAAUGGGAUCAGUCCUCGGGAUUUAGAGGAUGACGAUAUGCCACCAAAGCUGGGAUCAAAGAACGUUGAAUCUCGCAAUUAUAAGAGGAGACUAUUAACUAAAAACGUUAGGGAUGCCCAUUUAGAAUCAGAAGCCAGCAAUAUGUCCCUGAAGGUGGGAUCGAAGAAAGUGGAAUCUUGUAAUAUGAAGAAAUCAGCUAUGACUAAAUACAGCAAGGGUGCUGACACAGAUUCGGAGGACAGUGAUACAUCUCCGAAGAUGGUAGCAAAAAGUAUGGAAGCUCGUUAUUCUACAAAGAGGCUGACUUCUGGAGGUGAAAAAAUGCCAUCCGGUGAGCUCCUUCCUUCAAAAGUUAAAGCAGGAAAGGUUAGGCGUGGUAGUGGGACAGAAAAGCAAAAACUGCGUGAACAGAUAAAGGAGAUGCUUCUGAAUGCUGGAUGGACGAUAGAUUAUCGACCCAGAAGGAACAGAGACUACCUAGAUGCAGUGUAUAUUAAUCUCAGUGGAACUGCUUACUGGUCCAUUAUCAAGGCUUAUGAUGCACUUCAAAAGCAAUUAAAUGAAGAUGAUGAAGAGGCCAAACCUACUGGUGAUGGUUCUUUCACCCCAUUGUCAGAAGAGGUGCUUAGCCAAUUGACAAGGAAGACUCGAAAGAAGAUUGAGAAAGAAAUGAAGAAGCAGCAAAAAGAAGGCAGUGAGAGUGAGAAUGCAGAGGAUGUUUGGGUGAAAAGGUCUGCAAGUGCCAGGCACGAGGAGGAAAGCAUGGACAAUGGCAGCCAAGAAGAGAAACUAAGCUCCUUUAUAAAGCACGGUAGUAAGUCUUCAAAGAGUAGAGUGAGUGAAAAUGGUCAAAGCUCAAGCCAUCAUUUGCGUGAUAGUGCUGAAAAACUAUUCCCUGCGUCUGGUUCCUAUCAGUUGCAAGGACAAAAAAGUAGAAAACUUGGCAGAUGUACUUUGCUAAUUAGAAAUUCUAACAAGGGGCUUAAUUCAGAAACUGAUGGCUUUAUUCCAUAUGGUGGAAAACGUACUCUACUUUCCUGGCUGAUUGAUACUGGAAGUGUGCAGUUGAGCCAAAAGGUACAGUAUAAGAACCGCAGAAGGACAAAAGUGAUGCUGGAGGGGUGGAUUGCAAGAGAUGGUAUCCAUUGUGGUUGUUGUAGUAAGAUCCUCACAGUAUCAAAGUUUGAGAUACAUGCUGGAAGCAAAUUACGCCAGCCAUUUCAGAACAUAUAUUUGGACUCAGGAAUGUCCUUACUUCAGUGUCAGAUUGAUGCAUGGGUUAAGCAAGAGAAGUCUGAUCGUAUUGGGUUCCACGAUGUAGACAUUGAUGGUGAUGACCCAAAUGAUGAUACUUGUGGCAUCUGUGGAGAUGGUGGGGAUCUGAUAUGUUGUGAUGGCUGCCCUUCCACUUUUCACCAGAGCUGCUUAGAUAUACAGAUGCUUCCCCCAGGUGAUUGGCACUGUCCAUAUUGUGCAUGCAAAUUUUGUGGGAAAGCCAGUGAUGAUAUUGGUCAUCAAGAGAAUGAUUCAACUGUUCAUGCACUUCUCAGCUGUGCUCUUUGCGAGAAGAAGUGUCACCAAUCAUGCACACUGGAUAUUUCUCUUCCAGUUGACUCCAAUAGUUCGUUUACUUAUUUUUGUGGGCAGAAAUGCAAAGAGCUCUCUGAGCAGAUACAGAAUUAUCUUGGUGUUAAACUUGAACUGGAAGGAGGAUAUUCAUGGUCACUCAUUCAUAGAAUGGAUGCAGAUUCAGACACAUCAUCCCGAGGACUUCCUCAAAGAGUGGAAUGCAAUUCCAAGCUAGCUGUUGCAUUGGCAGUUAUGGAUGAAUGUUUUUUGCCCAUUAUUGACAGGAGAAGUGGAAUCAAUUUACUGCACAAUGUUCUUUAUAACUGCAGUUCAAAUUUCAAUCGGCUGAACUAUGGUGGAUUCUACACUGCUAUUCUGGAGAGGGGUGAUGAAAUUAUAUCUGCCGCAUCUAUCAGGUUCCAUGGCACUCAGUUGGCAGAGAUGCCAUUUAUUGGAACUCGCCAUAUAUAUAGGCGUCAAGGGAUGUGCCGUCGUUUAUUUUGCGCCAUUGAAGCGGCUCUCCGUUCUCUCAAAGUUGAGAAAAUGAUUAUCCCUGCAAUCUCGGAGCUUGCACAUACAUGGACAGGAGUUUUUGGUUUUACUCCUCUUGAGAAUUCACUUAAGCAAGAAUUGAGGUCCAUGAAUGUGCUGGUUUUCCCUGGUAUAGACAUGUUGCAGAAGCUCCUCCAGCGAGAGAAUAGCGAAGAGGAUGUCUCUCGUGCAGGUUUAUUAAAUGCAAAGCAAAUGGAGAUCAUAGGCAAGCAUUCUACUCCGUGUAUUGUUGAUAAUAAAUCUGAUUUGGAUGCUUCUGUUGGACGUGAUAGUCUUGUGUGUGAUGAUGGUCACUUGCAAGAUGCCAAAGUGAUGAAUGAUAGAGUGACUGCUGCAGAUUCUGAUUCCCAAGGCCCAGGUGUAUCCUUAAGCAAUGCUUCUGAGAUGAGUAAUUCCGUGGAUGCUUCUCAUGAACUUCAAAUUCCAGUUUCACUUGAAGGGACAUGUAUUGAUUCUGAAUCAGGAGAUAAGGUAGCAGAAUCUGUUUUGGACGGAAAAUGCCACCCAAUUUCUGUUAUGAAUUCCGACAGGGAAAAUAAAUCCAUAUCGAAUUCUUCUAUUAAAUUUGGUGCUCCCUUUUCUAAAGAGGCUAGCGCAACUGCUAUGGACUCUGAUUCUCAGUGUCAAAGUGUUUCGUUGAGUGAUACUCCCUUGGUAAGUAGUUCAAUGGAUGCUUUUAAUGAAGGUGGAAUUCCAGUUUUACUAGAGGGUGCUGAUUCUGAAUCAGAAGACAAGUUGGCGGAAUCUGCUUCCAACAAGGAAGGUGUCAUCUCUGAUUCGAGUCCCAGGCCGUGUGCAAUAGAGAGAAAAGGUCAGAAAGUAUUGGUUCCUCACAACAGAGAGAAUGCUCAGUCUUGUGAAGGAGAUAAUGUGGAGGAUGGCCAUGCACUGCAUGCUAAUGUUGCCACAUCCCAGGAACUAACAAUUCCAGUUUCACUUGACGAAACUUUAUGUGCUGAUUCCAAAUCAGGAGACAAAUCAUCUAUGUGUGCAUCCAGCAUGGAAGAUAAAACUGUCCCUGAUAUAAGUCCUCAUGCUUUGAAGAUGAAAAAUGAGCCAGCAUUGAAUUCUUUUGUAGAAGAUAAUGCUCAGGAUUGUAAUGAAGGCAAUGUUGCUACUUCUCAGGAACUUAGAAUCUCUGUCUUGGUUGAGGGUAUUGUGGCUACUGAUUCUCAACUGGGGGACAAAUUUAUUGGGGGACAGAUUUACUGAAUGUGCUUCUGACAAGAAUUGCCAUAUUUUCUCUAACAGGAUUCACAACACAUCAGAGACUGAAAAUACACCAACUUAAAUGAUACUUGGUCUUUUAAUAACGGUUUUGUAGUCGAUUCCAAUUUAUUAAAUGUUCAUUUGGAAAGUCUUAAACCAGCUUCUUCUACGGACGAGAUGGAUGGAAUUCUGCAUGUAGCUGUUUCUACUCUCAGUGCGGCGGAAGAUAUGUCCAUGCAGAUUAACUGUGAGAAAGAAAGCAAGUUACAUGUGGCUUCAGAAGCUGCUUCUAAAGCAACAGUCUAUUGAAGAAUAAAUUCUUCGUCCUUCUGAUGAUAGCUUCAGAACUGGUGUUUGUGUUGGCAAAUCUGAAAGCGUUGUGUUUGAUAUGUCUACAACCUACGUGUUCACAAUGUUUGAAAACAGUAUGUCAGGCCAGUAAAUGACUUUUUCGGGCUCCAGUGCUGACUCGAAACUGAGCUGCAGCAAUUCCCCGGAAAAUGGAUAUGCUUUUAGCUCUGUUUCUGGGAAUGUUUCUUGCCUCCUUUUCAUAGUGAAAUCAUUUUUUUUUCAUGGAAGCUUCAGAUGAGGUUAUCAUUAUGAAGUCAGUAAAGCUUAUGUUGUCAAUCACAUUGCCUUGAGGCUGGGCGGAUCUCUUAAUGCUGCCAGGGAAGCUACUUGGUACUCCAAUCAGUGUAAAUAGCUGCCUCGAUGAGUGUACAAGUUUGGAAUUCCUCGCCCUGUAUAACUUCGUUUCUCGUAGCAAUUCGAACUAUAAUGCAUGCAUGCUCAUUGCAUUGACAUGUUUCAUCAUUAAUGAAAUUUUAGCUGCUUCCUUUUUGUAAUUAUACCUGUCAUUUCCUUUGCUGGCAGUCUGUGAUAUAAACGUGAGAGAAGGUUGCUUUCACAGUACUGUCUGACUGCUCAUUUCUUGUGGGAGCAACCAACGGUUUUUUGAUGGCUCUCAAGAACAUUGGCUUACAGAUUUUAUAGUCUACUUACUGUCUUUGCUGGUGGUAACACUUAGGAUCUUGUUUGAAGUGUUUAAUGUGGAGGCUGAAGAAAGCAGGGUCCUCGUUAUUCAGAAGUUUUUUGUGCUCUUAAUGAGAAUUUUUGCUCAUUUGUUCAUUAUUUCUUACUCUAUUUGAUGAGCAACCUGGCUAGUUCCUGAA